AUGUCCAACAAGCCUACAGCGUCCAGUGCUGCCGGCUCCUCGGCCACGGAAGUUGCCAUACGGCAUCUAAAGGAGGAGAUCUCCCAUGAAAGGGACACCCACGAUAAUGCGUCUCUGCAAAUAUGGAAGAUGUUCAACGACAAGAACACCAUAUUGCCCAACAACAAGCGCAUUCUAAACCUCUCGUGGCGUCUCAACAGCAUCGACAAUGUCAAGCGCAGAACGGUUUCCGCAUCUACGAAACCGUUCAUUGCGUCGCCUACGAGUGCGUCUUCGCCCGGCUAUCGCGUGGCCAAACCAGACACUAGACCAGGUGCCAUAAGGCGGUUAUCGAUGGCUAACAAUCAUGCGCAACACGCCAAGUCGUCCGCAGAUCCAUCCAAUGCGGAGUUCGACUACAUAGAGCACAUUCGCAAGAUCUCGCGCGAGGAAUUUGCUCCAUACCGUACCAGUGCAAACCCGGAGCUGGGGUCAAAUCCAAUCAACAUCGCAGACAAAGACACCAGCAACGACCAUUAUUCGCCGGAGACGAACAGCCUUGCUUCGACUUCGAACUCGGUUUUUUCACAGUUCAUACCACAAGGUCACCAACUCCAUCAACAACAACAGCCACAACAUACACACCCGGCUGCCGCGGCUCGUCGCCCCUCUUUUGCCUAUGACAACAGCGGCGACAACCAUCCAAGCGACGCCUUCAAUAUCGACAGUUUUGUGAACUUCGAUUCUCUGAACAAUACCGGUGGUGCUCCAUUUGUGGACCCUGGUUUUAACGAGUUUGAUGUCUUGGAUUUCACAAGGUUUGACGAGGAUGUGACCAACAGGGUAUCUCCAGAGAGAACAGUCAACCCUGGCACUGCAAACUCCACCAACCUCCAUCUUUCGAACUACAUCAACUCGCUGGAGAUUUCUGUCAAAGAAGACACUUCCAAGGCAGGUUUAGGCAAGAGGGCUUAUUCCAACUCGCAAAGCCUCUAUCACUCCUCAAAUGACAAAUUCCCCCCACAAUUCGACCAGCUCUCGCCUUCGAUCAUGAACAGUAACGGCGCUGCGUCGAAGAUACCACCGCAACAGCAAAAGCAAACUGCUUGCGAGAACUGCUUCACCACGACCACCCCGCUGUGGAGAAAGACAAAUGACAAUAAAUUGCUGUGCAACGCAUGUGGACUUUUCUUCAAGCUUCACGGAGUGAUCAGGCCGCUCACGAACGUGGGUAAUGCCUUGGAUCCGGGUAAUGACAACAGACCUGUCAAGAUGGCGACGAUCCCCUCUGUUUCUUCCGUCAACGCGAUGACGUCCCCCACCAAUCUGCAAUCCCAGAUUCAGAUUCAGCCUGCAGGAAAACGCUCCUUCGAUGGCUCCCCGCUGAGUGACGUGGGUUUUGAUUCACCAAUGGUUUCCGCACCUGCUAUGGCGAGGAAGGCUUCUACGCAAUCGGUCAAAAACUCGCGUAAAGCCGUCCACAACGGUAAAGUUACCAAGCCCAGGCCCGCUCAGCCAACUGCUGUCCAGUUCGACGUUGCCAAACUCGAUGGAGCCCAGAUGGGUGAGACUUUGAGCGGCGAUUGGGAUUGGCUCAAGUUUUCGCUGUGA